AUGGGUCCAUAUGCCGCAGCACUGGCCGCAUUAGCGAAAAAAAUAAAGGAAGAGGAUGCUCGAAAGUUGGAGGAGAGGAACGGCGUUGCUGAAUGUAGAACUCCAGAUAGGCCCGAUCCGAGUGCUGCAUUUAAUAAUACUGAACGUGUAUGUGAACCACCAGCAUAUAAUAAUGCCGCACCUAUAAGUGGACCUCCACCACAUAAUAAUACCGCACCUAUAAGCGAACCACUAGCAUAUAAUAAUACCCCACCACCAGCAUAUAAUAAUACUCCACCAAUAAGUGGACCACCAGCAUAUAAUAAUACUCCACCAAUAAGUGGACCGCCACCACAUAAUAAUACCGCACCUAUAGGCGGACCAGCAGCAUAUAAUAAUGCCGAACCUAUAGUUGAACCACCAGCAUACCCGGCCAACUUUUAUGGACUGCCGUUUUUGCCCCCACCUGCGAUGAUAAACCAUUACUCAUCAGCUGGUUUCGGACCGCCGCCAUCCGCGUAUGCUGCAGCUCCAUACUAUCACAACAGACUAACACUUAUGUCGCCAAUUUCUCCUGAAGAAUCGGAUACCGAUAGGGAAAGCGAUUCUGAAUCGUCGGAUUCAUCCGACUCAUCGGCUUCAUCGAACGCGGCAGCAUUUUCAACGCCUGUAAAAUCAGCUGCACCGAAUUACAUGCUGGAGCCAUAUGUCGGCACGCCCACUACUUCGCAUAAGCGAAAAAUAUUCCGACGUCGUUUGAACUUCCACGAUCCCAACGUAAUUUAUGAUCUGGAAGAUAUUUCGGACGAUGAGUGUGACGAUGGUGAGCCGAUGCAGAAAAAGCAAAAGGAUGAUGACGAUAUCAUUGUCACUGAAACUUUGAGAGCAUGGUUAGAGGCAUUAUCGCGCAUGUUUCAAGACAGAAAGGAUAAUUAA